AUGGUUCACUCCGUCGUACAAGCGUGUGCAGUAGCUGCAACUCUGUCAGGCAUGGCCCUCGUGCUCCCAACUACUGAUGCACACCAGAUUGUGCUACUUCCAGAACCCCAGUGGACGACGAAUGACAAGGAUACCAAGUACAAUCCGCUCGCUUUCCUGGAAAAUCAGGGCUUUAAACCUCAGGAAGACUUCGCUGCAUGGAGCAAGGAGAACGGCUACAAAUCGCUUCGUGAUUUCAUGGACAGAGCCAAGUACGAAGUUACCCCCGGUGCUGAUUUUUCCUGUGGUUUUACAAACCCCAAGGGUACACCACAACCUAUUCCGGCGCAAGGUAUCAUGCGUUCCACCGGGUACACUCACGACGGUCCAUGCGAAGUGUACCUUGAUGAUACCUUGGUGCUCCAAGGCGACAAUUGCCAUGAGAAAUUCCCCGGCAAGGACUGCCCCAUCGACUACUCAUCGUGCAAAGGAACAUGCACACUUCGAUGGUACUGGUUGGGCAUCCGCUUCCUGAAGAAUGCGUACUCAUGGCAGGUGUACAAGGAAUGCAUUCCGUUGGUGGGAUCUGGUGGAGUCUCGCAAACGGCGCCAGUAACGUCGGGGACAGGUAAACCAGAGACUCAGGCAAUGAUAUCGUCACCGGAAUCACCAGCGACUCAACCGCCCAUCAUUUGGGGAACGCCCGCAAUGAAGACGUCAUCUUGGAGCGGAAAGCCGCCUAUGCUCGGGGAUCAUCGCCGCCUGCUUAAGUGA